AUGGGAAUUCUCGGUGAAUUCGAUGUCCAUAUGGAUCAGUUAUGGCUGGCAAUCUCGAACAACAAAGAAAAUGAACUACGUGUUGCACAGGAAAGUUUUCGAGCAAUACUCGACAAAUACAGUACACAAUGGAAUCGUGCGUUUCAAGAUGCCAAUGAUAAAAUUCACCAUUUUGAAAGUGACUUAGCAAGGCAAUCAAUGCAACAAUGA